CUCCAUCCACUCGAACCAACACCCAAGGAUAGCAAGAGGAAGCUCUGAAAUUCACCAUUUCUACGCCCAAAUUCGAGCUCAAGCUAUAGUGGUCCAAAGAGGAGGAUUAAAGAGGGAAAAAGUUGGGAAAAGUGUGGAUAAUUAAGGAGCUUGAUUAAGGUAUUUCAAGGGCUUUCACAAAGUUGAAAGAGUCGUCGGAGUUGUCGCCGGAGUUCGCCAAAAGUCGUCGGAGUUUCGCCGGAGUUCAACCGAGGAGGGUAGAACUUCAUAGCGCUAAUUCAAGGUUGAAGCUAGGGCUUGCUACCUGCACCUUUCUACGGGUGACAUCAAAUUCAAGGAAGACGUGGUUCGUGCUUCCUCAUUUUCUUCCAAAUUACUAAACAUUGCCCAUGGAUAUUUUUAUUUGUUAUAAACUACUUUUGGGCUUGCAUGCCUAUGUUAUUGAUCGAAUGUGGCUUAUGAAUUAUUGCUGAAUAUUUCCGAUGUUCAAUGGUUUAAUUGUGAUGUUGUUAUGUAUGUUUACUGCUGAGUAUGGAUGGAUUGUUUUCUCGAACGCCUUGCAUGAUUAAGUGAGGUUGACCCGCGGGUGACGUCACUCGAUUAUACGACGGUUGUUCACGCGCUUAGAUUGCGGUCUGGGGCGUGACACUCCGUGGUGAUCUCCUUUGGACUUGUUCAAGAUAUUCCAUAUUGGAUAUUUGCUCGUCUUUAGGUCGUGCUCAAUGACCUCUCGUUGUUUUUCAAUGGAUCGAUGGCUGAGCAUAUGGAGAUGUCCGCCAAUUUCCUUUCCUUUCAGAUGUAUAAGGCCUCUGGCUUUCAAUUCAUCAAACUCUCCGAUUUUAUCAGGCUUUCUCCAAAUAUGCUUCUCGGUUUCCUCUUGGAAGGGGGCAUAUCAUUGAUAGUGAUAUUUUCCCAAGGCUUCUCAUUCUUUGGUGGCGGAGUUCUUGUCCUUCUCAUAACCUUGGGUAGCUCAGUUGGAGCUUUGUUGUAAUCUUCCCCUUCUUCGAGUUCUUCAUUUUUUAGUCUGAUCAGGUCUGCAGCGCAUGUGUUCAACAGCUCUCUAAUAUAGAAUCUGUUGGGAUAUAUUAUCCCGACCUAUUAAUGUUCAGGAGCCCAAGACUUUAUGUAGUACGGAGCCCAGUCAGUAAGGCCCAUUUUAGCCUAUCAGGCCUGUCUCGGCCUUUGGGCCCACUUUGGCCCAUCCGGCCCGUUAGGGUGGAGAGCCCCCUUUCCCCCUUUAUCUAUAAAUAGGAAGAUUUCCCUCCUUAUGAAGGAUCCCUUCUUCUUCUCCCUCCUUCUUAGUUAGGUUACAAGACUCCAUUAAUGGGAGCUCAAAAUGUACUAUGUAAUGGUGAAGAGAGUCUUAAUGAGAAAGAGAGGGCUUGGACAUUAGCCUAAAAAGUCCUGUGGUUUUCUCCCUUUCGGGUUUCCACGUAAAAACUGAGCUUGUUUAUACACAUUUAUACAUAUAUUUACUAUAUCGUGUUGGAUUAAACUCAACACUGGCGCCGUCUGUGGGAAUCUGUCCAAAAAGAUUUACGUUGUUCUUCAUUUCUAUGAAAAAAUUCAUACGGAUGAACUGGAUUCGACGAAAGAAAAAGAAACGAUUCUGGAGAUAUGCUUCUGGGAAGUAAGGAAGCUACGAGAUCUGGAGGUCUACAUUUAGAUUUUUCCAGACCUUGUUGGGACCGCCGGAGCCACCUUCACGUCCCCGCCGCCAAGGAACCUCUAGCGGGCUAACAUGCACCAGGCGAAACUCACUGCAGCGCCCCAGGUCUCAUCGUCCCGAUUAAUAAUAAAACUCUGUCUCCGACAGGUAGCUCAUCGCCGGCGGCUGGUUCUACCGCCUGGGCCGCCACACCGCCGCUACUCCACUUGGUUGGUCUCUGCUCAAGCCGUCACCAGCCCCUCCCCCGACGCGGCCUGAGGGAUUUUCCGACUGAGACUUCUUGAUUUCCGCCAUUAAUGGCGGGUGGGAAGUCAGGAAAGAUAUAUUACGAAGUUCCAGCCGAUCUUACACCGGAGAUUAUCCUUUCUGACCGUCCUUACGCCGCGUCGACCUCCUUGACUACCGCCAGCAAGCGGACAUGACACCGGUUGUCCUUGGGAUGGCGAGUGGGUCUUGCUUUGAUCUUUCCAAAAGAUACGAAGUACUGCAUAUCAUUCAUAUGGCUUGGCCCUCAGAGGGCCACGUGAAAGAGAAUGAAAGGUGGUGAGGGAUGAGCUUUGGAGCAUCUUGACCAAGUCAAAAUUGCUAAAGGAACCAAAUUAAUUUCAGGAAUUCCUAUCUGGCCGAGCAUCCUUUCUAAAAGCUAAGUACUCUUGCUUAUGAUUUUUAGUUAAAAUGCUUCGUAUUUGCACUAGUAUUAUUAUUAGUUAAUUUGUUUUAUCACCAUUAUUUAUUAGGGAUUAAAACCUCCCAAAAUUAAAUAAUGUCGAACGACGCUCUAGGGAUAAUUAGUUUCACCGUCAUUAAAUUAAAUGACUGGUUGUUGUGGGCCCGUCGCCCCGCUCCCGACCGGCUUUAAUUAGCGAGCGGAGCGUAUCUGAAUGGCCUGUGGCAGGUAAUGUCAGUAUUAUUACCUGUCGUAUCACUAUUAUUUAUUAGGGAUAAAAAAUGUCCCGAAUUAAAUAGUACGGAGCGAACCUCUGGUGAUGGCUACUUCAGCCAAUGUUUUUAUUAAAUACUUAAUUGUUUGUGGGGCCGUUGGCCCACUCUCGAUCAGCUUGAUUAAGCGAUCCGAACGUCUCCAGAGGGCAGUGCCCCGAUGACGCUUCUUAAGUUGGGGUUGUGCAUUAGUCCGCAUGGCAUCAAUGCCUGAUCGACAAUCGUACCCUAGUACCAUCUACGCCAUGAGGCGCGAAGUGAUUGUUGCUAACGCGGCCUAUGGGGCCCGAGGUCACCAAAGCGCUCAACCUCGUUUUUCGAGGGUAGUGCGACAAGCGUGAGUCUGAGUUCUCAAACUCACAGACCAAUGAUUAUUUUUAUGAGACGUUCGGCGGGCUGCUAAGUGGCCCCACCACGGGCAACCGUGUUCGAGAACCCCACACGAUGAGCCAGGUCGAGGGUCACGGUAACUCAUAGGCCGGUAAUCGUGGGUGUUGAAAAAAGAAAACCACGCAGAUGGCUAUGUAUAUAUAUUGUCGGGCCGUGCGGCCCGUUACCAUGUUAGUUAUGCAGUCAAGGUCGCUCGAUGCGUUCGAGCAGAAGAUUAAAUGACGCUCGGCAUGAGUUCCGAAGACGUUCCAACCGGCUAAAGCAAAGGGCCGCGAGACGUUCAUACUUCCCCAAAAGGCCGAGGGCUGAGAGGAAACCAUCACGGCUAAGAGCCGCGAGACGAGCAUCUCCACCCCAGAGACCGAUGGCCUAGGAAAGAACACCUAGAGGCCGAGGGUCUAGAGGGGACUACCACGGCGGAAAACCGUGAGACGAUCAUCCAUCAUUCAGAGGCCGAGGGCCUAGAGGAGACCAUCACGACCGAGGGCCGUGAGACCAUCCUUACAUCAGGUCGGCCUCUCAUUUCCGACACUAUGAUAUCACGACCGGCCUCUCGGCACGACGUGUGUUCCAUGUUUGAAGACCGGCCUCGUUCCCGCUCCUCGCGGAGGAGAGCCGUUGCUUGAUUCUCUCUGUCGGCCUCUCAUUGCCGACACUAUGAUAUCACGACCGGCCUCUCGGCACGGCGUGUAUUCCAUAUUUGAAGACCGGUCUCGUUCCCGCUCCUUGCGGAGGAGAGCCGUUGCUUGAUUCUCUCUGUCGGCCCCUCAGCGUCGACACCAUUAUAUAUCACGAUCGGCCUCUCGGCACGGCGUGUGUUCCAUAUUUGAAGACCGGCCUCGUUCCCGCUCCUCGCGGAGGAGAGCCGUUGCUUGAUUCUCUCUGUCGGCCCCUCAGCGUCGACACCAUUAUAUAUCACGACCGGCCUCUCGGCACGGCGUGUGUUCCAUAUUUGAAGACCGGUCUCGUCCCCGCUCCUCGCGGAUGAGAUCCGUUGCUUGAUUCUCUCUGUCGGCCCCUCAGCGCCGACACCAUUAUAUCACGAUCGGCCUCUCGGCACGGCGUGUUCAUCCUUUGAAGACCGGCCUCGUCCCCGCUCCUCGCGGAUGAGGGCCGUUACUUGAUUCUUUCAGGUCGGCCUCUCACUGCCGACAUCAUUACAUCAUGACCGGCCUCUCGGCACGACGUGUUUAUCUUUUGAAGACCGGCCUCUUCCCGCCCUUCGUGGAUGAGGGCCGUUGCUUGAUUCUGUCAUGUCGGCCUCUCAUUGCCGACAUCAUUAUAUCACGACCAGCCUCCCGGCUCGGCGUGCUUUUCAUAUUUGAAGACCGGCCUCAUCCCCGCUCCUCGCGGAUGAGGGUCGUUGCUUGAUACUCUCUGGUCAGUCCCCAGUGUCGACAUUUUUACAUGACCACCGACCCCCUGAUACGGUGCCACCAUCAUAUUUGAAGACCGGUUUCAUCCCCGCGCUGCGCGGAUGAGAGCCGUUGCUCGGAUGUUUUGGUCUGACUUGACACCAUUGUCAUCUUCUUAUCAGGACCGACUACUCAGUGACAUUAUGAUUACCUGUAUAUCAGUUCCCAAUGCCGACCUUCUUUGGUUAGCGAUCGGGCUCACCACUCCCCUCCCGGAUGGUGACCAUCGCCUUCGCAUGAUGACCAGCAAUUACAUCGCUUCGUCAUUAUAUUCGUUUCGGUAACCCACCACCAUCAGAUUUGACAUCACUUGUAUUCAUUCUUGGAACCGACGAACGUAUUUCCCCCCCUCAAAAACAAAAAAAAAAGCAAAAAAAAAAAAAGCAAAAAAAAAAAGCAAACGAGCCAUACAAAAGAAAAAAACGAUAGAGGGGGACGGGCUUAGAACCUGAGACUUGGGAAUCCUAGCAGGAUAAACCAGUUCUUUACACGAGUCUGUCGCGUGCCGAGCGUACUCCGCUUAGCGGGAAGUACGUAGGACCACAGAUAGGUAGUGAACGAAAAACGGGAACUCUGGCGGGGUAAACCAGUUCUCCACCGGAGUCUGUUGCGUGCCGAGUGUACACCGUUUAGCGGUCCGUACAUAGGACCACGGAUACGGUAGACGAACGAAGACUAGCUCCCCAGAUCAGACAGGAGGGACCAGUUCUUUAUCGGAGUCUGUUGUGUGCUGAGUGUACACCGCUUAGCGGUCCGUACAUAGACCACAGAUACGGUAGACGAACGAAGACCAGCUCCCCAGAUCAGACAGGAGGGACCAAUUCUUUACCGGAGUCUGUUGCGUGUCGAGUGUACACCGCUUAGCGGUCCGUACAUAGGACCACGGAUACGGUAGACGAACGAAGACUAGCUCCCCAGAUCAGACAGGAGGGACCAGUUCUUUAUCGGAGUCUGUUGUGUGCCGAGUGUACACCGCUUAGCGGUCCGUACAUAGGACCACAGAUACAGUAGACGAACGAAGACCAGCUCCCCAGAUCAGACAGGAGGGACUAGUUCUUUACCAGAGUCUGUUGCGUGCCGAGUGUACACCGCUUAGCGGUCCGUACAUAGGACCACGGAUACGGUAGACGAAUGAAGACCAGCUCUCUAGAUCAGAUAGGAGGGACCAGUUCUUUACCGAAGUCUGUUGCGUGCAGAGUGUACACCGCUUAGCGGUCUGUACAUAGGACCACGGAUACGGUAGACGAACGAAGAUCAGCUGCCCAUAUGAGACAGGAAGGACAGCACCAGGAUUUAUGGUUCAGCUCGCUCAUACCUUCCAGGGUGGCGACGAACGUCUUAUGCAGCACGAUCGGCCCCUCAGCGCCAUCGUGUUUAGUCCUUGUUCAGCUCGCUCAUACCUUCCAGGGUGGAAACGAACGUCUUAUGCAACACGAUCGGCCCCUCAGCGCCAUCGUGUCUAGUCCUUGUUCAGCUCGCUCAUACCCUCCAGGGUGGCGACGAACGUCUUAUGCAGCACGAUCGGCCCCUCAGCGCCAUCGUGUCUAGUCCUUGUUCAGCUCGCUCAUACCCUCCAGGGUGGCGACGAACGUCUUAUGCAGCACGAUCGGCCCCUCAACGCCAUCGUGUCUAGUUCUUGUUCAGCUCACUCAUACCUUCUAGGAUGGCGACGGACGUCUUAUGCAGCACGAUCGGCCCCUCAGCGCCAUCGUGCCUGGCUCGUGUUCGACUCGCCCAUCCCUUCUAGGAUGGCGACGAACGUCUUUAUGCAGCACGAUCAGCCUCUCAGCGCCAUCGUGCCUGGCUCAUGUUUGGCUCACCCAUCCCUUCCAGGAUAGCGACGAACGUCUUUAUGCAGCACGACCGGCCCCUCAGCGCCAUCGUGUCUGGCUCAUGUUUGGCUCACCCAUCCCUUCCAGGAUAGCGACGAACGUCUUUAUGCUGCACGAUCGGCCCCUCAGCGCCAUCGUGUCUGGCUCCUGUUCGGCUCGUCCAUCCCUUCUAGGAUGGCGACGAACGUCUUUAUGCAGCACGAUCGGCCCCUCAACACCAUCGUGUCUAGUUCAUCUUCGGCUCCGCCCAUACCUUCUAGGAUGGGGGACCCAUCUUAUGCAGCACGAUCGGCCCUUCAGCGCCAUCGUGUCUAGUCCAUCUUCGGCUCCGCCCAUACCUUCUAGGAUGGGGGACCCGUCUUAUGCAGCACGAUCGGCCCCUCAGCGCCAUCUUUUCGUUUCCACGUUCAAAUCGCGCAUCUCUUCCAGGAUGGCGAUGAACGUCUCUUAUGCAGCACGAUUAGCCCCUCGGCGGCAUCGUGUCUAGUUCAUCUUCGGCUCCGCCCAUGGCGUACCGGAUGGGGGACCCAUCUUAUGUAGCACGAUUGGCCCCUCGGUGGCGUCGUGUACAGUUUAUCGAUGAGAUCUACCACUUUAAGCCACAUCUUACAUUGCACUCAUACAUUACAUGCAUACAUACAUUCAUGCAUCAUACCUCAUACAUUCAUACAUACACACAUACAUCAUGUAUUGCCAGUUCCGCGUCGUCAGCUUAUAUUGUGCAGGGACCUAUAAGCUUCUCCAUUAGAAAGCUCGAGUAAGAGUCCUCUACUCCCACCUGAUACAUUCAGGGGGAGAGUGUCCGAGGAAGAGCAUCCCUUGCCUGACCCCGCCGGGAGGGGAGCGCCUUAACGGCAGGUUAUAUUCAGAGGGGCAGUCACCCACUCUUAUAUUAUGAUUAUUCGAAGACACGGUUUCCAGCAAGACAGAGGAAGAGAGCAGACAAGAGUAUAUUUUCUCGAGCAGAUUGGCACGCUCACUACUCAAGAAACUGGGGGACUUGUGUUGGGAUAUAUUAUCCCGGCCUAUUAAUGUUCAGGAGCCCAAGACUUUAUGUAGUACGGAGCCCAAUCAGUAAGGCCCAUUUUAGCCUAUCAGGCCUGUCUCGGCCUUUGGGCCCACUUUGGCCCAUCCGGCCCGUUAGGGUGGAGAGCCCCCUUUCCCCCUUUACCUAUAAAUAGGAGGAUUUCCCUCCUUAUGAAGGAUCCCUUCUUCUUCUCCCUCCUUCUUAGUUAGGUUACAAGACUCCAUUAAUGGGAGCUCAAAAUGUACUAUGUAAUGGUGAGGAGAGUCUUAAUGAGAAAGAGAGGGCUUGGACAUUAGCCUAAAAAGUCCCGUGGUUUUCUCCCUUUCGGGUUUCCACGUAAAAACUGAGCUUGUUCAUACACAUUUAUACAUACAUUUACUAUAUCGUGUUGGAUUAAACUCAACAGAAUCCUCUCUACACGUCGUAUUGCUCGACCUCUUGUCUGAUGUCAUCCCAUUCAGCCCAUUCACCAUUCCAUCUUUCGUCAAGGACAAUCUAUUCUAGUUGAUCAUGGAUUGAUGGGCCUGGAUGGUUAAAGGGAGCUUUCAGCUUUGGUGACCUGUGAAUAGUAACAUCGGGAUCACUGUGAUUGCCCGUUAACAUCAGAUUAGAACUAGGUUCUAACUGAUGGUCUGAAUAGAUGAAUGCACUUGAAGUAGCAACCUCAGGAUUUCCGUUCCAUUCCUGGUCAACAUUUAUGAAAGAUGAGCCUAAAAACGUUCUAUCUGGUGCAACCUAGCUAGAUGUUAUGGGUUGAGUGGUGUGGGUUUUGGGUUGAGAGGAGGAUCCGGGUUGUUGUUUGUUUGAAGAGGAGGGUUGGUUUGGUUGCGGUUGUGAGUGGCUAGAGGAAGCACCAUGCUCAAGUACCCGUUUCCUCUUGUUCUCCCCCUCAUGAGGAUCCGAAUCAUCGGGGUCCUCAUGCGAACGUUUGUUGUCGCGAAGGCUGUCACGACAUGCACUUUGGGUUUGAAGGAGACUGAGAUGGGCUAACUGCUUGGGGUUAAGGUUGUCUUCUUUUGAUAUAAGUCGGGCUAGCAUGAUAGAGAUUAGGUCAUCUAGUGGAAUGGUAUAAGGGUUAGGGUAUGGUGUGGUCGAGGUGGGAGGACACACAUUCUGUAUCCUGGGUUCCCCGAGAUGUGGUAGGUGUUUGAGGUUUGGUGGCAGAUGGUUCAGAGGUUGGUAAGGAUAAGGUGGGGGUUGAUUUUGGUUGUGAGAGAGAGGGUGUGGGCUGUGGUUGGGGUUGGAUUUGAUCAUUCUGAACCGCUUGGGUUUGUCUAGAGUCCUUGCUCUUGCGGCUUUUCAGAGUGCACCUGUGGCAUUAUGGUGGACUCAAGAUAACGAUCCAGAAAGUCAGUAAAGGCUAUAGGGUCAAGGUUUCCGGUUGCGGGCCGGGGGUGCAAAUCGUUCUCACACCAUCAAUAAAGAGUACUGGUGUGUGGCCUGCAGAUAAUGAUGGAAUCAAUUGUUGUGCAGUAGGACUUCCGAUCAUCAUUAGUUUAUCUUCGAUCGUUGCAGACAGGUAUAGUGGACUUGUACCGGGUGGUGUGAGUAGUGUAGGUGUCCUAGAAAAAUCAGAAAAUGUAGGGAGUGUGACACCUAGACUCAACGUGGUUGAAGGAAGGAUAGUGGCCAGGGGCGGUUAACCACUAAGUAUAUCAUCGACUGCUUCGUGGGGGGCAAAGAGGUGGGUAUGAGUUCCCGUAAUGUUGAAAUUGCUGCCUGUUGGGAGGCAGCAUAGUGGCUAAGGGAGGCUUGUGCAUGUGCAGUUGGACCUGAUGCUGCGCCUUUUACCCAGGAACUGACAAGAUCAGCUUCUGUACCUAUGGGGUAGGUCUGGCUUAUUUCUUGGAAGUCUUCGCAAUCGUCAAAUAAUGCCUUUUCCUUUUCCAAACUGCUCUCGAUCAGUAUCCUCUGAGUAGGAAUGAAUGAUGGGGAUAAGACGUCGUUUUGAUGCUUAAAGCACGUCUCACCGGUAAUGGUACCUUCCUGUUUUCCCGUGAGUAAGGCGCUUCUUUAUCAGCCGUAUGGAACUUGAUAACGAAUCUUCAUUGUAUAGGUUCUGUGACACCGCGCCCGAACGUCCUUGAAAAUUUGAUUUAAAAAUUCAAAGUUUAUGUAUUGGAUUUCUGUUUCCCAAACAAUUGUAAAACGAUUAAUGUUUUACGUAAUUAAUGAUCGAUUAGUGUACUGUUCGAACUCGUAUAUUAGUGACGGGCAUGCAAAUACUUUUUGGGUCUUAUUAAUAAAUAAAAGAGCCCAACAUUAUCCAAAUUGUGAUACAUGACCUUUCAAGACAGUCCGAGUAAGGUCGGACGGCCCAAACGUUAUUUUGAGUCCAACCUGCUAAAAAUAGCAAGUAUUCGAGAAUGGCGUUCUAGACCCACUCGGGAGUGACCCACAUGGCUAGUAGCCCAUUAAUAUGUAUGACAAAUGUCAAAUAAGUGAUAGAAUGAUUAAAGAAGAAUACAAAUGCCUAUAACCCCAUCUUUGGCAUUAUUGAGCUAAAUAAUGGGAGUAGGAUUUUCCUUCUAUAAUAUCCAUCAAGUAAAUUAUUGGGAUGAUCAUACACAUAAUGGAGAUCAAUAAUAUGAUGUAGAGAGUUGACUUGUUCUAAAUAAAUUAGAAUGAGUACAAAGAGACAUCUUAUGACAAAGAGAUCAAAAGUGAGACCCACCCAUGUCUAAAAACAUCUCAUGGAGACCAUACCAAUUCAUUUCACUCCACACAACUUAUCCACCCUUAUUGAAGGGUCUUGGACACUCCCUUAAGCCCCUCAUUCGAACUCCCAAGGAUAAGGGAGAAGGAGAGAGCCACACAACCAAGAAAGCAAGAGAAAGGGGAAGCUGCCGCAGGUUCGUUUUCCAGUGCGUAAGGUUACUUGUUUGCUUCAUAUCUCGAGUUAUACACAUCCAAAUAAGGCGUGCGAGAUACCCACAGAAAGCUCUCAAGACGAGGAAUCCGUGAAGGUCUGGUUUGCAUCAAUCGGAGUAGUGGAAGGCUUCCAAAUCGUCCGAGCAAAACACAACCUCGCGGAAUACGUUUUUGUAUUCAAGGGAACGAUUUCGUCGGGAACACCCGUUCUAGGGACUGUUUUUGUGUCCUCGGUUAGGAGUUGAACUAGCACUUUGGAGAGGCUGUUUAACACUCAAUUCCAAGCAAGGAAUCAGUUCUCAAUCUUCCUUGGCCAAAGCUUUGACCAUGGGAUCAAGAAAGAAAGGUUUGAAGCUCAAUUAAGGUGAGGAUGACCGACUAUAUUGCUUAUAAUUAUUGGGUUAAUUUCAUAAGAUUACCUAAAUGAAUUAUAUGUGUUUGGCAUGAUUUAUUUAUAAUAUAACAAAAUGCCUAAAUGAGAUUAUUAUUGUUUAUAAGUAAAAGUGCAUAAUAUACAAAUUUAUGAAUAAAUUGUGUAUGAUUAUGUAUUAUGAAUACAAUGGUAUAAUAGCGUGUAAACUAUAAAUGAAUUGUGAUAAAUAUACUUUUACCUCAUGUAAGGAAGUCAUGGAAGGAUAAAAGUGAUAUUUUGAUAUUAGAACCAAGUUAUACUUGAAUGUGGAAUUAAAUUGAAAUAGCCAAAUUACUGUGAAAUUGCAUUGGCUUAUUAAGGUUAAAUGAUUAGUAUAGAAAUACUAGCCGGGGAUGUUAGCGUAAAAAGUGAUAGAACAAAUCCUAAGGGCUUGGAUUGUGAAGGGUGCACCUUAAGUAGUCUUAUGAGAUGUCUUAAGGUAGGAAUGAGUAACCGCUAAAUUACAUUAGGAGUAGGCCUCAUAGGCUACUCAAGAUAGAGAAAACCUAGGCAUAGAAUUUGCUUAGUGAGUAGUAUCGUGACUAGAGGAAGCCUCUAGCACGAUGAGGAAUGACAGGAGGAAGCCUCCAGCAUUCGUGUAGGACGACUAGAGGAAGCCUCUAGCGUAGUGUAAGAUGACUAGAGGAAGCCUCUAGCAUAAUGUAAUGUGACUGGAGGAAGCCUCCAGCACAAAGUAUGAAAGGUGAUUAGAGGAAGCCUCUAACACCGAAUGUAGUGACUAGAGUCAGCCUCUAGCACGACAAAACAUGACUAGAGGAAGCCUCUAGCAUAAUGUAAUGUGACUGGAGGAAGCCUCCAGCACAAAGUAUGAAAGGUGAUUAGAGGAAGCCUCUAACACCGAAUGUAGUGACUAGAGUCAGCCUCUAGCACGACAAAACAUGACUAGAGGAAGCCUCUAGCAUGGUAAACUGAUAUAGAUGGGUGUGGCUUGAAGUCACGGGGGAGGGGUUAAAUGUUUUCAAAGUAAACAUGAGCCUUCGGCCGACUACUUGACUUUAUAUAUAAAGUAAGUAUCUUUGUAAAGAGGGUAACCACGAGUUAUGACCUAUAUUGUAAUAUCACCCUAUUUGAGGGUCUUGGAAAUUGAAACGUUGAUUAUACUUAGUAUAGUUGUCAUUGUACUUGUCAAAUGCUUCCAAGUACUGACCUCCCCUUCACGGGGGAGGCCACCUCACAGUUUCAGGUAGGACUUGAAGGUUGCUACCACGCCCGUUGCUUCGGGAAGAUCAAAGGAGGAGGACGUGGUUCGUGCUUCUUCCGUUUCUGUUUUAAACAAUUACAAUAAUGCUCAUGGAAAUUAUUUUGAAUACUAUUUGGGGGCUUGUAUGCCCAUGUUUGCCACGUGUGGCUUGAAUACGUGUAUUAAUGUUUCCGCUGCUUUAAAUGAAUAUUUUACAUUAUGUUUGUUUAUGGAUGUACUAUGUGUGAAUGGUAUUCAAGACGCCUAGUAUAGUAUGUAUGAGUUGGACUGCGGUUGACUAUUCGUACUGUACGGCGGGUUGUUGACGUGUCCGGUAGGUCCGGGGCGUGACAAUUUAAUUGGUAUCAGAGCCUUAGUCCAUAAACUUCAUAAUGAAGUCUCAAAAUUCUCUUUUCAAAAUGAUUUUUGAAAACCAUGAGCAAAAAUGUUUUGUACUUAAGAACUUUUGGUGUUUGAGUUGCAAGGUCUCUAAUUGUUAAGAUGGCGCCCUUAACGAUUGGUAUGGCGGUGACUUGGCCCAAGAGAUGUCUUAAGUGCCUAUCUGUCAGUUGACAUUUGAAACGAGUCUAAUGACUCAUUCUAAUUAUUUCUUUCAGCGAUGGAGGGUGAUGGUGGUAUUAUGAAUAGGGAGAACUCGGAAGGGUUUGCACCGGGUGGAACCGGGCAUGCCAACCGAGAAAAGCCCUUAGGACCAAAGGCGCACGAAACUCUUGAAGCUCAAAUCGUGAGUGGUGGUCAUGUUAAGACCAAGGAAGAAUCACCUUGUUAUGGCAAAACUGAACCACUCAAGGCUUCGGGUGACGAAGGAGAUGAUUUGAGUGAUGAGGACCUUGAUGGUGCACCCAUUGAACAAAUGGGCAUGGUCAUAGAUUGGCUUCAACGUGAACGUGUGAGGCUUAUACAAAAACGCCAAGCUAGGCAAGCUGAGGGCAUACCAUUAGUAAGGAAAAGGAAGCGGGGAGACAACGAUUUCCAAAGACAUUCAAGGAGGACAAACGUUGAGGGUGACAAAACCUUCAGGGCGUAGACACUAUCACUUGAGUGGAGUCGAGGCUUGGGUGGCCCGAACUCGAGGUCAAAAGGUUCGAGGGUACCUAAGUGCAACAAUUGCAAGAAACACCACUCGGGUAAGUGUCAGGACCCUCCCAGGUGCUAUCAAUGCACAGAGGUCGGGCACACGAGAGUGAGUUGCCCACAAAUUGUGCAAAACCAAACUUCGGGGUCAAGUGGUGGAACUACAAGAAAUGAAAACCAAACCGAGGUUUCUCAAGGGAGCAGGGGACAUGGGGGAGCAAGCACGAGCAACGCGCCAUCCGUGAACCAAGGAAGGACCCAAGCUAGGGUCUAUGCGAUGACGGAGGCGGAUGCUCAAGCUAACCUGGAUUCCGUUGAAGGUAGUACCUCUUGUAUACUUGUUUUUUAUCCUUAAUUAGUCCAUAAAUUGAGGUUGCUAAUCGUUGGGAUCAUUGCACGAAAUUUUGGGAUCAAACGGAGCGAAAUCGGGCGAAAGACGGCUUAUUUCCGCCAAUGCACACCAGGCUGGACCCUACGCACGGCCGUGCGUUGUCCGUGCGUUGGUCCGUGCGUUGGUGGCAGUAGCAACCGGGAAGAAAUUGCUAUACGCACGGCCGUGCGUUGUCCGUGCGUUGUCCGUGCGUUGGUCCGUGCGUUGGUGGCAGUAGCAACCGGGAAGAAAUUGCUAUACGCACGGACGUGCGUUGUCCGUGCGUUGGUCCGUGCGUUGGUGGCAGUAGCUCCGUUUUGAGGUUAUAAGACACGCACGCCGUGCGUACCUCCUAGGCACGCCGUGCGUACCUCCUGGACAGCCCAAAGUCGACUUUUUUGCGCCGUAUUGCAACGUUAAGACCCGUUCUUGAUCUCAAACACGUGUGUGAACAUAAUAAACCUCUCUAAAUGAGUAGGGAGGGUAGGAAAGAUGUCUUACAUGGUUCAUGAAUGUAGGGACACUAAAGAUUAAUGGGAAGGAUGCGCGAAUCCUUAUCGAUACCGGGGGCGCAACGUUCAUUUGUGAAUGAAGCGUUCGCCAAGAGUUUGGAAGUGCAAUCCGCACCAUUGAUGCAAACCUUAGUGGUAUCAACACCACUAGGGGAUGACGUGGAAACAACUCAUUACUAUCCAUCUUGUGGGGUGGAAGUUAAUGGUCAAACCUUGACGUGUGACUUCGUACCGCUGAGCAUGAUUGAAUUCGAUGCAAUCCUAGGGUUGGAUUGGCUAGAAAGGAACCAUGCUAGGGUAGAUUGCUACACGAAGGUUCUUAAACUCGAAGGCAAUGAUGGGGAGACCCUACGCUUCGAGGGCGAUCGAGGGAGAUCAAAUAGCUGUAUCAUAUCCGCCGUGAGAGCGAGAAGUAUGAUGAGAAAGGGAUGCCACGCAUAUCUAGCAUACGUGGUUGACAAAACCAAAGAGGAAACGAACAUCGAUGAUGUGAGGGUGGUUUGUAAGUAUCCGGAUGUCUUCCCUAAAGACCUACCGGGGCUUCCACCUGAUAGGGAGAUUGAAUUUGUGAUCGAGGUCGAGCCUGGUACCAAACCAAUCUCCAUACCGCCAUACCGUAUGGCACCCGCUGAACUUAAUGAAUUGAAAACCCAAUUGCAAGAGCUAUUGGAUAAUGGUUUCAUUAGAGCAAGACACUCCCCGUGGGGAGCACCAGUUCUUUUUGUGAAAAAGAAAGGUGGGACACUUCGAAUGUGCAUUGACUAUCGUCGACUGAACAAGGUCACAAUCAAGAAUAGGUAUCCUUUGCCUAGGAUUGAUGACUUGUUUGAUCAACUACGAGGAGCAACCGUGUUUUCGAAGAUUGACUUGAGGUCGGGGUACCAUCAAUUGAAGAUCAAGAAAGAUGACAUACCAAAGAGUGCUUUCCGCACAAGGUAUGGGCAUUUUGAGUUCCUCGUUAUGUCGUUUGGGUUAACAAAUGCCCCAGCGGCAUUCAUGGACUUGAUGAACCAAGUAUUCCAUAAAUGCUUGGAUCGAUUCGUGGUCGUGUUCAUAGAUGACAUCUUGAUUUACUCAAGGAGUGAAGAAGAACAUGAGGAGCACUUGAUACUUGUCCUCGAGACGCUACAGGGGAAGCAACUCUAUGCCAAAUUCUCUAAAUGUGAAUUUUGGCUAAAGGAAAUUGGCUUUCUCGGGCAUGUAGUUUCGGGAUCGGGAAUUGCCAUUGAUAGCAAGAAGAUAGAAGCCAUUACCGAGUGGGAGAGACCAAAGAAUGUCAAGGAAAUUCGUAGUUUCCUUGGGUUGGCAGGCUACUACAGAAAGUUCGUGGAGAAGUUCUCCGUUUUGGCAUCGCCGUUGACGAAGCUCACUCGAAAGGGAACUAAGUUUAUAUGGGAUGACAAAUGUGAGAAAGGAUUCAUCGAACUGAAGAAGAGGUUGACCGAGGCACCGGUACUUGCAUUACCCAAACAGGGUAUGGGGUACGAUGUCUAUAGUGAUGCGAGCAUCCAAGGGUUUGGGUGUGUGUUGAUGCAGGAGGGGAGGGUAAUUGCCUAUGCUUCGCGACAGUUGAAGAAGCAUGAGGUAAAUUAUCCUACCCAUGAUCUGGAGCUGGAGCAGUAGUGUUUGCACUGAAGAUUUGGAGACAUUAUCUCUACGGAGAGACGUGUCACAUAUAUACUGAUCAUAAGAGCUUGAAGUACGUGUUUACUCAGAAAGAGUUAAACAUGAGACAGAGACGGUGGAUGGAGUUGAUAAAGGACUACCAUCUAGUUAUUGAGUACCAUCCAGGCAAGGAAAACGUUGUAGCAGAUGCCCUCAGUCGGAAGAGUUCGUCUGGGGCAUUGUUGACUAGUUUGAGGGCACUGAGGGCCCAAUUGGAUGUAUCUAACGACGGUGCCUUAUUGGCACGAUUCGAAGUGAGACCAACCUUACUUGAGGAGAUCAAGAAGGGUCAAGAGACGGACACAGAACUUAUGAAGGUCCGGGAACGCAUGCAAGCGGGACCGGUGGAGGAUUUCAGGGAAAGAGACGAUGGUCUCUUGUUAUUUCGUGACCGAGUGUGUGUACCGUCAGAUGAUGAGCUCCGAAAGUCCAUCUUAGAGGAGGCUCAUUCAUCGGCUUAUGCCAUGCACCCUGGGAGCACGAAAAUGUACCGUGAUUUGAAAGAAAGUUACUGGUGGUCUGGGAUGAAGAGGGAAAUAGCCGAGUACAUCAGUCGAUGCCUUACUUAUCAACAAGUUAAGGCAGAACAUCAGCAUCCAGCAGGCUUAUUACAACCACUUUCCAUCCCUGAAUGGAAGUGGGAGCACGUGACUAUGGAUUUCGUGGUAGGCUUACCACGGACUAUCAGGAACUAUGACGCGGUUUGGGUUGUUGUUGAUAGGCUCACAAAGAGGACACACUUUUUACCUAUCAACACUACCUACCCACUCGAGAGGUUAGCCAAAUUUUAUACGGACGAGAUCGUGAGGUUACAUGGUGUUCCAGUGACCAUUGUAUCCGAUAGAGACCCACGAUUCACGUCACGUUUUUGGCCAAAAUUUCAAGAGUCUAUGGGAACGAGGUUGAAGUUCAGUACUGCUUUCCACCCACAGACAGAUGGACAGUCUGAAAGAGUCAUACAGAUCUUAGAAGACAUGCUGAGGGCGUGUGCAUUGGAGUUCCAAGGGAGUUGGGACAACCACUUAGCACUUGUGGAGUUCGCCUAUAACAACAGUUAUCAGGCAAGCAUCGGCAUGCCUCCAUACGAGGCAUUGUAUGGGAGGAGGUGUCGUACACCGUUAUGCUGGGACGAGGUUGGCAUGGCCAAACUCGAGGGUACUGAGUUGGUGGAGAUCACCAAGUCAAAGGUAAAGUUGAUUCGAGAGAGACUCAAGGCGGCUCAGGAUAGACAAAAGAGUUAUGCAGAUAAGCGCCGGAGAACCUUAGAGUUUAAGGUUGAUGACGAGGUAUUCUUGAAAGUUUCUCCUUGGAAAGGAAUCAUACGAUUCCAAACCCGAGGAAAGCUUAAUCCCCGAUACAUAGGUCCAUUCAGAAUUAUAGAAAAGAUUGGGGCCGUAGCAUAUCGUCUGCAGUUAACUCCUGAAUUAGAGAAGAUACAUAAUGUAUUUCAUGUAUCCAUGCUUAAGAAGUAUGUGCAUGAUCCCUCUCACGUAUUGAAGAAACCACCUGUAGAGGUACGUGAGGAUUUGAACUACGCUGUGCAACCUAUCAAGGUCACCGAUAGGAAGGUGAAGAAACUGAGGAGCAAAGAAGUCCCAAUGGUUAAAGUACUUUGGAAGAGCGAUCGGGUCGAAGAAGAGACGUGGGAAACAGAGGCUUUGAUGAGGAAGCAGUAUGCUUCCCUAUUCGAGUAGAGCUGUGAAUUUCGGGGACGAAAUUCCUGUUAAGGGGGGGUGAACUUGUGACACCGCGCCCGAACGUCCUUGAAAAUUUGAUUUAAAAAUUCAAAGUUUAUGUAUUGGAUUUCUGUUUCCCAAACAAUUGUAAAACGAUUAAUGUUUUACGUAAUUAAUGAUCGAUUAGUGUACUGUUCGAACUCGUAUAUUAGUGACGGGCAUGCAAAUACUUUUUGGGUCUUAUUAAUAAAUAAAAGAGCCCAACAUUAUCCAAAUUGUGAUACAUGACCUUUCAAGACAGUCCGAGUAAGGUCGGACGGCCCAAACGUUAUUUUGAGUCCAACCUGCUAAAAAUAGCAAGUAUUCGAGAAUGGCGUUCUAGACCCACUCGGGAGUGACCCACAUGGCUAGUAGCCCA